AUGUUUCUCCAGCGCUCCGCUCGCGUCCUAGCAAGGCGGGUGGCUCUACGGCCAGCCACCCAGCGUGCCUUCACAGCUGGUUCCGCACUUCGCCGACGCGACAACAUCGACCCGGCGCCGGGCGAAACGGACCACAGGAUCAAGAAGUUCGACGAGAUCAAGACCGAAGAGGACCUCCUUCCCCCGGGUGCUCCGCCUGGCACCAUCCCCACCGAUCUGGACCAGGCGACCGGUCUUGAGCGCCUCGAGAUUCUGGGAAAGAUGCAGGGCAUUGACAUCUUCGACAUGAAGCCGUUGCCGUCGGACAGGAAGGGCACUCUCGAUAACCCAGUCGUCGUCCGAUCAUUCGGCGACGAGCAGUACGCCGGCUGCACCGGCAUUCCCGCCGACUCCCACGGCGUGAAAUGGCUCACGAUGUCCCGCGAUCGGCCAAUCGAGCGCUGCCCCGAGUGCGGCAACGUGCUGAAGAUGGAGUACGUCGGCCCGCAGGACGUCCACCACGACGAGCACGGCAACAGCAGCCACCACACCCGUACGUCCUCCCUGAUCAACUACAGUGAUCCGCAGAUCAUGUCGAUAUUUGACCACGGUACCAUCCUCGGGUGA